AUGGAGUCUCCGUUCGAUGAAGAAGAAUUACAAUUAUUGUAUUCAUGGGUCGAUGAAAUACCCUUAUCAAGGCCAAAAAAGAAUAUUGCCAGAGAUUUUAGUGAUGGUGUAAUGAUGGCCGAAGUGGUCAAACAUUUCUUCCCUAAACUUGUCGAUCUUCAUAAUUAUAGCUCUACUUCAAGUUCCAAACAAAAAAUCUACAAUUGGAACACCCUAGAUCAAAAGGUUUUUCAGAAAAUUGGAUUUUCUGUUGACCCAAAGGAAAUUGAUGACAUGGUCAAGUGUAAGCCUUUUGCAGCAGAAAGAAUGCUCAAAACCUUUCAAAUCAAAGUAACUCAGAUACAACAACGAAAAGCUACUCAACAAGUAACCCAACCAACAAAGCCAGCAACAAGCAAUACAUCAAAAGACUCUAUUCCAUCAUCUUCAGCCUCAAGUAGAGUAAUAACCAAGAGACCUGCAUCUGCCUCUUCUGUAAGAACUAGGGAACAAUCAAGACCUUCAUCAGCUCAUAUCAAUCAUAUGGAUGCAGUCUCUCAUCACAGUAGUAGGGCAAGAAAUAGAGAUCAUUUCCUGGAACAACAACCACCAAUCGAUGAUGAAACUUUGUACAAUAACAAACAACACAUGAAUAUGCCUGUCUUUGAAGAAUCGGAAUUGAUAAAGGAAAAAGAUGCUAAAAUUCAUGAAUUAGAGGAGACAGUCAAACUGUUAGAAUCAAAGAUUAACAAAUUACAAUUAUUAAUUCGUUUGAAAGAUUCCAAAAUUCAAGCUCUCAGCAAUAAAAUC